AUGACAAUACAAACUGCGCAGGCAUGCGUAGUUGCGGUUACUUCCUUCUAUCUAUUCAUGAAGCUAACCCCAUCCAUUCCUCAACCUCAGAGCUACCAUGAUUUCGCUGACAAACGCGAAUUCUUAGGCAUUCCCAAUGCAUUUAAUGUGAUAUCAAAUUUCCCUUUCAUGGUUAUUGGUCUCAUUGGCCUUAUGCUUUGUCAUCAUAGGAACUAUUUGAACUUCAGUUUGCAAGGUGAGUUAUGGGGUUGGACGUGUUUUUAUCUGGCUGUGACUUCGGUAGCUUUUGGGUCUUCAUAUUAUCAUCUAGGGCCAAAUGACAAUGGCCUUGUGUGGGAUAGGUUGCCUAUGGCUGUUGCUUUCACUUCACUGGUGGCAAUCCUCAUCAUUGAAAGGAUUGAUGCAAAGAAGGGAACGCUUUUGAUUAUUCCUCUUAUUAUGGCUGCUAUAACAAGCAAUGUGUAUUGGAGGUUCUUUGGUGACAUCCGUCCAUAUCUUCUAGUCCAAACUGUAUCAUGCAUUGCCAUACCUCUUAUGGCCAUUUUCUUGCCUCCAAUGUACACACAUUCUACGUAUUGGUUAUGGGCUGCAGGAUUUUAUCCUCUAGCUAUGCUGCAAGAGACUGCUGAUAGAUUGAUUUAUGCAGCAACUUUUCAUAUUGUCAGUGGUCACACACUUAAGCAUUUGUCUGCCGCAAUGGUUCCUCUCAUCUUAACAGUAAUGCUAGCAAAGAGGAGGCCUUUGCAUGCAAAAUCUUCCUAA